AAGCACUAGAGGGGGAGUCUGCCUCCCCCUGGCAUCCUGCUGUAAAAUCCUUGGUGUAAUUGUAGCGUACUGAGGCAGAACAGGAGUAAUCAGAUCAGUCCCGAGGCUGGGAACAUACAUGGAGAUACAGCAUCAGCACUGGAUUAAACCCCCCACCACGUCCCCCUUUACUGAUUGAGGUACGAUGAGUUCCUGCAAGUAGAGGGAGAGAGAGCGAGGAAAAGCCAUGAGAGGGAGUGGGAGGAAGAAUGAACCAGAAAGGGAGGCAGCGCAGUGCGAGUGAGCGAGAGAGAGGGACGGGGAGGGAGUCAAAGGCAGGAAGCGAGCAACAGCCAGUGGAACAGAAAUGCAAGGAGUUUGAGGGAGAGGGUGGAAAACAGAGGCCGACCGCCAACGAGAGGACGACGGGAGCGAAGCGAGGUGAGAGAGUAAGAAGGGCAAGGGUCCAGAGGAAGAAAACGCACCGGGAUAACAUCAGCAGGAGGAAGCAAGACACGGGAAGGUGGGGGUCAGAGUGAAGAAACAUGCAAGAGAAAGUUUGAAGGCAGGGCAGAUGAGAAAAACAUCUCUUGGUAAUGACAAGGCCGGGACACUUAAAGAAGGGACGCAUUCUCUCGAGAGUCCCCUUCUUAGGCCGCAGGAUGUUCUCUGAGACAAAAGGGGUCGGGGAGCAACGCAUUCAACCCACUACCCCAACCCAACUUCAAUUACAAAACGGACUGCAAAGACCUCAAGCUGACCUCCUUGCCUAUUUUGGGAAUGGGGACCAUGUAACGAACACCUGUGGACCAAAGCAGCAGUAUUCCCCCCUGAAUGGAUAUACUGCCAAGCAAUGUCUAGCCGUUCAGGGGGGUCAUGCGCCGCAAAACGUAACUGGCCAGAUUUGUCAUACCAGUGUGCGGUGGAGCCGGCCGCCAGGGAAGGGGCUGCAACAUAACAGCGUCUCUGUGAACUACAGCUUGAGAGAAUGCAGCUUUGUGGUCCACCAGCACCAGACUGAGCCACACCCCUUCUUGAGGAAGUGUGCUCUGGACGCGCCAACACAGUUCAGAGGUCGUGGAAACUGUGGAGUGCCUGUUUGUGUGGCGGAGCAACAAUCGGGCUCUGUGCGAGGGGCCCUGCUUACAGAGCAACAUGCAUCAAACUGGAUGGAUGCAAGUGACACUCACAACUCGACCUUUAAUAGGGAACUUUGCACUUCUAAUGGGCAGGGAACUUUAAGUCGAUGCCUGGGACAUGUAAUGCAAGACUUGAACGAACCUAGUCUGGUGAAUGAAGUUAUGCUGUCUACCAAAGAUGUCAACAAACCUAAUACUGUCGCCCAAGGGGAUCUCAAUGGACCGGGACGAGGGACUUACACUUUCGGCUCUAAGCAGUCGGAAAGAGCUAUUCGGGACCAGAUCCAAAGAGUUGUUGUGAAUCUCGAGGAGGUUUUAACUGGCCUGAAAGAGAUACAUCUGGAAAUGAAGGAGGUGGUCCAGAAGAUAGACUUGCUGACGGCUGACAUUGAUAUGGGCAAAGAGGAACCAGGGGACACUUUCAGAGGACGCCAAUCAGGAAAGAUGGACACCGAAGUGGCGUCCUCUCAAGGAGUCUGCUCCAAGCCAUCCUUCAAAACACCAACUCCAUCUGUGUCCCCACCUCCAUAUCCUAUCAGAGAUCAAGGGCUGCAUGAGGCAGGCCAAAAACUGGAACCCAAUCAGAAGAUGCUGAACUCUCAAAGACAUACAUCAGGGACCGCUUCAGGGCGCAGGAACCAGAAGCCUCCUCCUUACCCUUACGCCAGCACAAUGGCAAAAGUGAACCCUAAAGCAAAAGACAAAGGGCAGAAGACGCCACCCUACCCCUUUAAACGGAGACUGCUCUCGACCAUUGUUUGAGCAGACCGUGGCCUCAGGAUACAAAGCGGAGCAUUACUCACUAUAUGUGGUAUACCGUGUUACAGGCACCUUUCUG